CAUUCAUUGACUUGUCUGAUGCUAUGACUUUCAGGUACACUCAUACGGUGGAGCUCCCGGAUAAGAGAAAGCAAUAAGUGGUGACCGAGCCAUUCAACGAAGCCGACUUCGCUGCAAAACAGCGACCCAUAUCCUCCACACGAAUAAUGGCACCAUAGAAGCACCUAUAGCCAUGUCUCUUCCCGCUUUCCGAGGCGCCUCGCGUGCUCUCCGCAGCUUCCCAAGAUGGGUGCCGACGACGACAAUGGCAGUCCAGAGCCGGAUUGGUGCUCGAAGGGCCAAGUCGUCGGCGGUCGCACUUGAGGGCCAGCAAAGUUUGCUCGCUGCCCACUUGCAGACAGCCGACCCCCAGGUCUUUGACAUUAUCGAGAAGGAAAAGAACAGACAGAAGCAUUUCAUCAACCUGAUUCCCUCCGAGAAUUUCACCUCGCAAGCAGUCCUCGAUGCGUUGGGAAGUGUCAUGCAGAACAAAUACUCCGAAGGUUACCCAGGCGCAAGAUAUUAUGCCGGUAACGAAUUCAUCGACCAGGCCGAAAGAUUAUGCCAGCAACGGGCCUUGGAAGCUUUCGGUCUAGACGAGAAGGAGUGGGGCGUUAAUGUUCAAGCCUUGUCGGGGGCACCGGCAAACCUCUACGUAUACUCUGCGCUCAUGGAUACCCAUGAUCGACUGAUGGGUUUGGAUCUACCACACGGCGGCCACCUGUCCCACGGAUACCAGACACCUACGAAGAAGAUUUCCGCCGUGUCCAAGUACUUCGAGACGGUCCCAUACCGACUGGACGAGCAGACCGGCACAAUUGACUAUGCUAAAUUGGACGAACUGGCGCAGAUAUAUCGGCCGAAGAUUAUUGUCGCCGGCGCAAGUGCUUACAGCAGAUUUAUUGACUACAAGAAGAUGAAAGAGACUACCGAAAAGGUGGGCGCCUAUCUUCUUGCCGAUAUGGCACACAUUUCUGGCUUGGUAGCUGCCAAGGUGGUUCCGAGCCCCUUCUCCUUUGCAGACAUCGUCACGACGACGAGCCACAAGAGUCUUCGCGGACCCCGCGGUGCCAUAAUUUUCUUCCGAAAAGGAGUCCGCAAGGUCAAUAAGAAGAAGGAAGAGGUUAUGUACGAUUUGGAGGGCCCGAUCAACGCCUCCGUAUUCCCCGGUCACCAGGGCGGACCUCAUAACCACACCAUUACCGCAUUAGCAGUGGCUCUGAAGCAGGCUCAAUCUCCCGAAUUCCGAGCGUACCAGGAGCAAGUUCUUGCCAAUGCUCAGGCUUUGGCGAACCGGCUAGGCGAGUCCAAGGCCAAAGGGGGUCUGGGAUACAAGAUUGUCAGUGACGGAACGGACAAUCAUCUCGUAUUGGUGGACUUAAAGCCACAACAAGUUGACGGUGCACGAGUUGAGCGGGUGCUGGAGCUUGUUGGUGUGGCCAGUAACAAGAACACAGUACCGGGUGACAAGUCGGCCAUGAUUCCCGGUGGACUUCGGAUAGGCACGCCCGCCAUGACCACUCGUGGAUUUAACGAAAACGACUUCGUCCGUGUGGCUGACAUCGUUGAUCGUGCCGUGACGAUCGCGGCACGGGUGGAUAAGAAUGCACGCAAGGCCGCAGAGGACAAGGGCGAGAAAUACAAGCUCAAGUUCUUCUUCGAACAACUUGGUACUGGCGAGGACGAUGCCGAGAUUGUGCAGCUGCGUGCUGAAGUCGCUGACUGGGUGGGGACCUACCCGCUUCCGUGGGACGAGAAGGCAUGACGUUGUCGUGCAUCCGGGGAAAUGGGGGUGCCAAGGUAGUAUCGUGCAGUGGGCUGGGUGGAACCCACCUGCGUUGUGCCAGUUUGAUACCUAUAGGUGAACAGGGGUCGUGGCGCACGACUACCUUCUAUACACGAUUCGGAUUCAACACAAGGUGGCAAGUUUGGUUGAAGAGUCUUUCAACGACUUGCAGCUUACGGGCCACAAUAAGAUGGCUAUUACAAUCACGUGUAGUAUUGCAUCAGAGAGUUGCGGCUAGUUAUUAUGUAUACGCAAUCAAAUAAUCUUUCACAGGGUUCGCUUGAU